AGGUCUCUUCCUUCGCUGACGUAACAUUCUAACCGGCGUUGAGGUUGCGAGGGGCGAGAAAAGCCUGUGGAAGAGCGUCAAGAAGAUCGAGAAAGUUCUCGAAGCAGGGCCUAGUUGUACCGCUGCGAGCUCACUGUCGAUUCAUUCUUGUUCAGCGCGAGCACCUGAAAGAUCCGGUGCGCUUUCAGUGUCGUCGUUCUCGGGUGACGAUGUCAGUGAUCGGGUUCGACUUCGGCAACGAGAACUGCUUCAUCGCGGUUGCUCGUGCCGGUGGCAUCGAGACGAUCGCCAAUGAGUACAGCCAGCGAGUCACGCCGUCCUAUGUUGCGUUCGGCGACAAGACGCGUGACUUGGGCGUGUCGGCGAAGAACAAACAGGUGACGAAUCUCAAGAAUACCGUCUUUGGCUUCAAGAGGCUGCAGGGCCGCAAGAUGGGCGACCCGCAAGUCAAGCACGAGGCGACGUUCCUGCCCUAUUCGCUGGUCGACCUGGGUGGCGGGCGUGUGGGCGUUCGUGUUCGCUACCUGAACGAGGACAAGGCCUUCUCGAUCACGCAAAUCACUGCCAUGCUUUUCACCAAGCUGAAAGACAUUGCCGAGACUGCAUUGAAGAUCAAAGUCAACGACUGCGUAGUGUCCGUGCCGCAUUUCUUCACCGACUCCGAACGCCGGGCAUUGCUGGACGCGACGCGCAUCGCGGGCCUCAACUGUCUAAAGCUUAUGAACGAGACCACUGCCAUUGCGCUCAGCUAUGGCUUUUACAAGAACGACCUGCCAGAAGAGAAGCCGCGCGUCGUGGCCUUCGUCGACAUGGGCCACUCGGCGUUGCAGGUCGGCAUCGUGGCUUUCAAUCGGGACAGACUUAAGAUGAUGGCCUCUGCGUUCGAGAGCGUCGGCGGCCGCGACUUCGACAUGGUGCUGGUCCGUUACUUCGUGCAGGAAUUCAAGGAGCGCUACAACCUGGAGGUGUCCAGCAAUCGGCGGGCGCUCAUCCGGCUAAUAACCGAGUGCGAGAAGCUUAAGAAGCAAAUGAGCGCCAACCCACACGAGCUGCCCCUUAACAUCGAGUGCUUUAUGAACGACCGCGACGUAGCCGGCAGGAUGAAGCGCGAGGCGUUCGAGGCGAUGGCCGCGGAGCACCUGGCGCGCACCGAGCGCACGCUGGUCCGUGCACUGCAGGAGGCCGGCUUGCGCGCCUCGGACAUCGAUUCCGUCGAGCUCGUGGGAGGCGGCACCCGCGUGCCGGCCAUCAAGCAACUGGUGCGCAAAGUGUUCAACCGGGAGCCGUCCACAACACUCAACCAGGAUGAGGCGGUGGCGCGCGGCUGCGCUCUGCAGUGCGCUAUGCUGUCACCCAUCUUCAAGGUGCGCGAGUUCCAGGUGGUGGACGCGCAGCCGUACCCCAUCGAGCUGUGCUAUGCACCUGGCAAGGGCGAAGAAGGCCGCGCCGAAGUGUUCCCGCGGUGGCACCAGGUUCCGUUCAGCAAGAUGCUCACGUUCUACCGGAGCAAGCCCUUCUCUCUGGAAGCCAGGUACACAGCUGAUGCUGCUGUGCCCUACCCUGACCUGCAGCUUGGCAUCUUCAAUGUGAACAAGGUUGCCCCCGCAGCCGACAAUGAGGCCACCAAGGUCAAAGUUAAAGUGCGGCUCAACCUGCAUGGCAUCUUCUCUGUGGUGUCUGCCUCGGCAGUUGACCGUGUCAAGCAUGAUGGCCGACAGGCAAGUGCUGCCCCGGAGAAGUGUUCAAAUGGUGGUGACCUGGCGGGGGCGGCGUGUGGCGAUGAGGUGCUUCCAAGCGAGGGAGGGGAUCCAGUCGAGAAGGGCACCGAGACCAACCAGGCCAACGAGGCCAACAAGGAAGCACGGCCAGAGCCGACCAAAACUGAAAAGACCAAGACGCUCGAGCUUCCUAUUGAAUCGCAAGUACCACAACUGUCUCCUACAGAGCUGGACCACCUGCAUGAGGCUGAGGCAAAGAUGGUGCAGACAGACCGGCUGGAGAAAGACCGCGUGGAUGCUAAGAACGCCGUCGAGGAAUAUGUCUACGAGAUGCGGGACCACCUGUCAGACAAGUACAAGGCCUACGUCCUUGACAAGGACAAGGAGAAGUUCCUCAGCAUGCUUAACGACACUGAAAGCUGGCUCUACAAAGAAGGUGAAGAGGUGGCUAAGAACCUGUAUGUGGAAAAGCUGAAUGCAUUGCGUGAGAUUGGCCAGCCGAUCCGAAACCGCUGCAGGGAGCACGAGGAGCGAAGUCUUGCAGCUGAAGAGAUGGGUGCCAUACUGCAGAAGUCUCGUAAGGCCCUCUCUGACUUUUCAUCUCGGGCACAAGAAGAGGUGUACCAAAAACUUGCAAAGGCUGUGGAGGAACGACAGACCUGGUUUGAUGGCGCUAUGGGUGCACUGUCCAAGGCUCCGUUGUACGAGGACCCUCCGGUGCUGGUGUCGCGCUUCCGGGAAGAGGCAAAAGCCAUGGAGACCCUCCUUGCAGCCCUCACGGUAGCGCCAAAGCCACCUAAGCCUGAGAGCCCUGCACGACAAGCCCCCGAAGGCGCCACGCCACCUCAGUCCGAGGAAGCAACAGAGUCUGAAGAGGCAACUGACAAGAUGGAUGUGGAUUAAGGCACCUGCAAGAGUGGGCCUACAAAAAAAAAAAGAAAGGAAAUCCUGCUUGUACAUAACAUGCACUUCUGUCUUCACUGAAGAAACAAGUGUUCUUUCGCUUGGUUUUUUUUUUUUUCCCUCUGCAGUGGGGGAGGAUGUGGUUUGUGACAUUCUUGCAAACCUUGCUGCGAAGACUGGUUGAGAAACUGGUGGUGAAAUGUAAUAAAUCACAGCUUGGCAGUUUUUUGGGCUGCUA